UUUUUAUAAUGAAAUAUGUAUAUAUUACAGCUUUAUAAUAUAAUUGUGGAUGAUGAACUAACUGGGAAAUUAUUGCUGGACCGAGGACAAUUAAAACGAAGAUGCACUUUUAUCCCUCUGAAUAAAAUUAUUGGUCGUCCAAUUGACAAUAAGAUAGUUCAAAAUGCCCAGGCUCUGGUUGGACCAAGGAAUGCUGUAACUGCAUUAUCACGUGUUGACUUUACUAAAGAUCUUACUCCUGCAAUGGAAUAUGUUUUUGGUGGAACUUUUGUUUGCCCUGAUAUGGAAUAUGCCAAAAAAGUAGCCUUUGCUAAUAAUAUCCAGAAAAGAUGCGUAACAUUAGAGGGGGAGGUGUUUGAUCCUUCAGGAACAUUAUCUGGGGGUUCCACGGGCAAUAAAGGUAAACUGCUGGCAUCACUGGCUCCUGUAACUAGAUUGAAGAAGGAAAUAAUGGAAAAGCAAAAUGAAUUAACCAAACUUCAAAAAGAAAUCCAUAAUUUCAGACAAGUGAAAGAAAGGUAUGAUACUUUAAAUGAACAACAUGAAUUGAAGGAAAAUGAGUUACAAUUGCUGAAAUCAAGAAUAGAACAAAGUAAUUAUCAUAAGCAAAUGGAAGAAUUUCAGAAACUGCAACAAGCAUUAGAGGAACAGCAUGCUCGUUUAUCUGCUUGUAAAGAGAAACAAAAAAGUGCUGAAAAACUUAUAAAGAAAUUAGAGUCAACCUCAUCAAAAUCUGCACGAGAAACUAAAGUCAAGGAAGCUGAAAAAGCUGUUGCUAACUGCAAAAAGAAAGCUGUAGCUUCCUUAGAGAAGUACAAUUCUGCACAAGGAGAAGUAAAUGGCCUAAAGCUUGAAAUUGAAGGCAUCAUUGCAGGCUCCCGCCUUUCUGCCGCCCCGAUAGCGCCUCGUCGUCACUGCUGUGGAGCUGGAGUCGCUAAAAACAGGUCGACUCCUACUCCGGUUUUUGUUGGACAGAAUCUGUAUCAUUGA